UAAAGAGGCUGUCGAUUGUUUACGAGAAGCCCAGCUAAUUGUACGGUGUGUCCCAUUUUUGAAUGGUUUAUGGAAUGGAAUUAAUGUUGCAGCAGUCGUGCCCAAGGUGUUUUCGAAAAUUUUUCAUUGGUAGUUCAGUUAUUAGUUGUUAACUUAUCGAUAUGGGGAGAACUGGUCGGGAUAGGAUUCAGUGGCGUAUUCAGUUUUCGUCUGAAACUCACAAUUUGGGUACUUGCUACUGACCAAUGUGAAGCACAGAAGAAACGACGAAGUUUUUGUAAUGUAACCUCGACGUAGUUUUAUUUUGAAAAUGGAUAUACUGGAAUUUAAAGACACUAAGACAGUUUCCGACAAAGUAUACGAAUACACAACUCAAUUGAAAGAUAAUUCGGUGCCAAUUAUUAUUGAUAAUGGUUCAUACAUGUCGCGUGUAGGUUGGUCUACAAGCAGGGAACCGCUUCUACAGUUUAAAAAUCUUAUAGCAAAACCUCGUAAGGAACGAUCGAAAAAAGACACUGUAGAAGUAGCACAAUCGCCACAACUUCAGGUUGGAAAUGAUAUUAUUAACAUUGAAGCAGUUCGAUUUCAACUAAAAACGCAAUUUGAUCGAAAUAUUGUCACACAUUUUGAAGCCCAGGAACAUUUGUUUGAUUAUACAUUUACACACUUAGGAAUUAAUACCGAAAAUAGAGUAGGCCACCCUAUUUUAUGUACAGAGGCUGUACUUAAUCCAAACUCAUCCCGACAAUUGAUGUCAGAAUUGCUUUUUGAGUGUUAUGAUGUGCCUGGGGUCUGUUAUGGUAUUGAUUCUUUAUUUUCAUACUACUUCUAUGAUCAGAAGGCAAAAAAAGAGCCUAUUAAAGAUGUUCUCAUUGUAAGUUUAGGGUAUCAAACAUGCCAUGUAAUUCCUGUACUGAAUAAUAAGACAGUUUUUGAGAAAAUUAGAAGAUUAAAUACAGGUGGUUUUCAUGUAAUAACCUUUUUGCAUAGAAUAUUGCAGUUGAAAUAUCCUGCUCAUGCGGCAUCUAUUACUUUAAGUAGAGCCGAGGAACUACUACAUAGUAUCUGCAAAGUUGCAGAGGAUUACAGAGAGGAGUUAAAUAAAUGGGCAGAUGGGGAAUAUUAUGAAUCAAAUAUAAAAAAGAUUCAGUUACCCUACAGUGCCAGUGCUCAAACUUCAGCAGUGACUUUGGAACAACAAAGAGAAAGGAAGCGUGAAUUAGCCAAAAGGUUGACGGAAAUUAACGCCAGAAAAAGAGAAGAAAGAUUGGCUGAGGAUGAAGAAAAAAUUGGACAGUUGCUAGAUAUUAAAGAAAUGAUUGAAUUAGGAGCUGAUAGUGGAACAGUGGAGAAAACAUUGUCAAAGUUUCAAAUAAAAAAUGUCACUGAACUGGAAAAGACAAUUCUCCAAUUGAAUAUGAAGAUUGAGAAAACAAAGCAGAAAAUAUUGGCAUCCACCAAUAAUAUGGAUGAAUUGGAGGAACUACCACCAAAACAAUCAAAAUUUAGUAAAAUGACCUUUGAGACUGAAAAUGAUUUGCACAUUUUUUUGCAGAAUGUGCGAAAAAUGAAACAAGAAAUUUUGACAAAAAAAAUGAUUAGAAAACAAAGAAAGCAGGAUAUGGCGAAAAGAAGGACAGCAGCGGGGCAAGAAAGGAUGAGAAUAAUAUCACAAUUGGCAAAAAAAGAAAAAGGCAAUGAUGAUUUUGGUUUAAGGGAUGAAGAUUGGGAUAUUUACAAAGCAAUCAGUAAAGAUGGCGGUGAUUCAGAUAGUGAUGCUGAAAAUGAAAAGCUUAUAGAAUUUGAGGAAAUAUUGCGAACUCAUGAACCUUCUGAAUGUGGAGAAGCCUUGCACCCUGGUGAGACUCACCAGUUGCAUAUUGGGAUAGAGAUGUUUAGAGCUCCAGAGUUGUUGUUUAAGCCAUAUAUGUUGGGAUCUCAUGAAGCCGGACUAUCCGAAAUAAUAGCUUAUGUUAUAUCACUUUUUGAUUCUGAGAAUCAAUUGAAAUUGGCGUCUAAUGUGGUAGUAAUGGGAGGAUUGGCUGUUCUGCAAGGACUACGUGAAAGGCUUUUAACUGAUUUAAUAUCUGUAAGGCCAUUCAAGUCGCAAGUUAAUGUGAAUAUAGUGCGCAAUCCUGGAUUGUCCUCAUGGUUCGGGGCUAGAAAUUUCUCAAGAAGCGAUCAGUUUUGGGAUAGUUUAGUGACAAAGGAGAUGUAUCAAGUGAGUGGCUUAAAUUUGUAUAUUUUCAAUUUCACCCCUACAGGCGGAAUUGAGUUUUCGACAGUAAACCAUCACCGGUAUGCAAAUGAAAAUAUCAAUUCUACUUGACUUGAACUUGGUUUUUGCAUUGUAAUUAUUUAGCCCGUAAUCACUUCAUUAUUUCAGGAGAGGGGUUCGGAAUAUUUUAGAGUUCAUUUGGCUUCGAAUCCAUAUUACUCUACACCUAGUGCGGUGGGUGUUGAUAUAUAAGUUUUUUUUUAAUUUUGUGUAUAUUGUAAG